AUCUUUCUACAGGUUGAUAUGUCAGACCUCUCCCCAGAGGAGCAAUGGAGGGUUGAGCACGCACGCAUGCAUGCCAAGCACCGCGGCCACGAAGCCAUGCACGCUGAAAUGGUCCUCAUCCUCAUCGCUACCUUGGUGGUGGCCCAGCUGCUCCUGGUGCAAUGGAAGCAGAGGCACCCCCGCUCCUACAAUAUGGUGACCCUCUUUCAGAUGUGGGUUGUUCCCCUCUAUUUCACAGUGAAGCUGCACUGGUGGAGGUUCCUAGUGAUCUGGAUCUUGUUCUCUGCUGUCACAGCAUUUGUCACCUUCCGAGCCACCCGAAAACCACUAGUACAGACAACGCCAAGGUUGGUUUAUAAGUGGUUCCUGCUGAUCUAUAAAAUCAGCUAUGCCACUGGCAUCGUUGGCUACAUGGCUGUCAUGUUUACCCUCUUUGGUCUUAGCUUAUUAUUCAAGAUCAAACCAGAAGAUGCCAUGGACUUUGGCAUUUCUCUCCUCUUCUAUGGCCUCUACUAUGGAGUUCUUGAGCGGGACUUUGCAGAAAUGUGUGCAGACUACAUGGCGUCUACCAUAGGGUUCUACAGCGAGUCGGGCAUGCCUACCAAACACCUCUCGGACAGCGUGUGUGCCGUGUGUGGGCAGCAGAUCUUUGUGGAUGUCAGUGAAGAGGGCAUCAUCGAGAACACAUAUAGGCUGUCUUGCAAUCACGUAUUCCAUGAGUUCUGCAUCCGCGGCUGGUGCAUUGUGGGAAAGAAGCAGACGUGUCCCUACUGCAAAGAGAAGGUAGACCUCAAGAGGAUGUUCAGCAACCCCUGGGAGAGGCCUCAUGUCAUGUAUGGGCAACUGCUAGAUUGGCUCCGAUACUUGGUGGCCUGGCAGCCUGUCAUCAUCGGCCUGGUGCAAGGCAUCAACUACAUCCUGGGCUUGGAGUAGUCAGGAAGAAGCAUCCUCCCGCCAUGGGCCUCAGGGCAUCUCCUCCCUGCCCUCCAAGACCUCUUGGUGGGAAAGACUCAGAGGGCACUUGGGCUACUCAGGACCCUCCGGCUGUGUCCGGGCUGGGGAGGGAUAUGAUGGAGAGCCAGCCAGUGGGGCUGUCAGCAGUGGGGGCUUUUUAAAAGAAAACUAUUUUGAUGAAUAUAUUUAAAAACCUUUUAUAUUGUGGAGCAUAGGAAUUGCCCCAACUCCUCCAGGCCUCACCCUCCCUGCUUGAGCAGGGUGGGAGCCGAGUUGCAACAGUUUUGGUUUAAAGGAGCCUUCUCACCUCUGGCUGAGAGCCUCAGCCCACCCUCUCCCCUUUCCUUCCUUCUGUGGGGCUCAAGCCUGGUACACUCUGUGGAAGAGCUGAAGAGCUCUGACUGGUGCCACAGAUGAGCCCUGGGGGGUGAGAUGUCUUCCCUCCUCCUCUCUCUGGGACGUGGGGUGGCUGUUGUGUCAGACUCUGUCUUCCCCUGUCGAGGAGCUGUAGGCUGGUUGAGGCAAGUGGAACCUUGUCGUGACUUUUCCAACAAGGGAAGCCCUGGGACCUCAGAAUUCAGUGAGGAUUUGUUUGGGGGCAACCAGAAGCAAUAGCAGCAUGGGUAACCUGCCCCUGAGCAGGGCUGUACUCAGCCAAGAAAGAGGCCAUCCAUAUGUAGUUGGGCCACGGAGCAAUUGCUGUAGACAGUGAUGAUUGAGGGCCCCUUGUGCAAGCUGCCCUUUUAGCCUGAAAGUGGUGACAUGUGCCAAAGGCCACUCUGCGACAUCACUUCCUUCCCUGAAAGCCUGAGUGAGAGCGUGUGUGCACGUCUGUGUGUGUGUGGCAGAGGGACUAUGACAGAUGUGAGAUUUCUCUCUGUCAUCAGACAGUGUUCCCUUGAAGCUGGCAGGGAGUUCCCAGCCCAGGGAAUAUCCCUGUGUCAGCCUCAUCAUUCGUGGGUCCUGCCUGGGCCUGGCAACAGGAGUGGUGGGAUGGAUGGGAAGAGGGUAACGUCCAGGUGAGUAUGAGUUCUGAAAAGGGGUUCCAGGUAGGCCCCAGCCCUGGUGUUAGGAGUUUUGAAGGAAGUGGGAGGGCAAACAUGGGCCUUCAGCACUGGGUUCCUAGGGAAUAUGGCCAAGCUGGGCCUAUCCCUUCAAGGGCAGCAAGAACCAAGCAGGAUCUUGUCACUCCAUUCUGAAUAAAGCUCCAUGAGCUAGGUCGGAAAGCUGAA